AUGAAAAUCAUCUGCGAUACCUCACUGACGAAGGGACAAAAGAUGGAAAGAAUCAAAACGGUGUUAGCCGAUGAAAAAGAGGAAAACACGGAAGAGAUGGAGGAAAUUGAAAAGGUUGUCGACCUCUUCGAGUUUUUGGCAAGUCAGGUAAAGGAAGGCAGUCCACAGCGUCAGGCUUACGGGUGCGAACAGUGGGCUAGGGUCACCGUCUUACAAAGAGCGGAGACGGGUAAGAAAGCUAGCUCUUCGAAGGCAGCUAUCCGAAAACUCAGAAGCACUCCGAUUAGCUACCAUCAAGUCGGAACCCUCACUGGACGACAUCGAGAGUUGGAGAUUCUCCUGAGAAGACGGUGA